UCAUUUUAAACUAGACGAGCGGGAGCCGCGGUUUUACACGUACUGAAGCCUAUCAAUUAAUUUGUCAUUUUUGCAUUCUUAUGAUUUUUUGACAGUUUUAUUAACUGCUCUUCCAAAUCAAAAUAAAUACUUAAAAUUCGCCACAUUGCAAACGGAAUCAUGACAGAGAAGAAAGCAAUGCAAAUAAAGGAAGCAUUUGACUUGGCCCAGAAACCGCAUCAGAGCCACGCAAAACUAAUAUCUCGCCUUAAACUUACUUAUAAUAAGAUGGAGGAUAAAACUAUCUUUCUUGAGGAGUUUGUACAUUUCCUGAAGUAUCCUAUGAUCGUAUAUAGGCGAGAGCCCGCAGUUGAGCGAGUUCUAGAUUUUGUGGCAAAAUUUGUCACUUCUUUUCACAAACCUGAAAGUGAAGAUGAUGAUGAGGAUGAAGCAGAUGAAGAAAAUUCUCCUGUUAAUUACUUGUUUAAUUUCCUGCUACAGUCUCACACUGCCAACAGCAUUUCAGUAAGGUUCAGAGUUUGCCAGCUUAUUAAUAAGCUUUUGGUAAACUUACCGGAGAAUGCUCAGAUUGAUGACGAUUUGUUUGAUAAGAUACACGAUGCCAUGCUUGAACGUCUGAAAGACAAAGUACCGAAUGUACGGAUUCAGGCAGUUUUGGCCCUUGCCAGGCUCCAGGACCCCAGUGAUGAAAAUUGCCCUGUUUCAAAUGCCUAUAUGCAUUUAAUAGAAAACGAUUCUAAUGCAGAAGUGCGAAGAGCAGUGUUGUCCUGUAUCGCUCCUUCUGCAAAAUCUUUACCCAAAAUUGUUGGUCGUACAAUGGAUGUAAAGGAGCUUGUCAGGAAGUUAGCAUAUCAGGUUUUAUCGGAAAAGGUUCAUUUAAGAGCAUUAUCUAUUGCCCAGAGAGUUAAACUCUUGCAGCAAGGACUAAAUGACAGAUCAGAUGCAGUAAAGGAAGUUAUGCAGAAAAAACUCCUUCAGGCAUGGCUUCGAUUUACCGAAGGAGAUGUUUUAGAACUCCUCCAUCGUUUGGAUGUUGAAAAUUCACCAGAAAUCUCAGUAACUGCACUCAAUGCUAUGUUCUCGUUGUCCCCUCUCAAUGAGCUGGUUGAAAACUGCAAAAAUAUUGAUGAGAGAAAACUGAUCCCCUUAGAGACUCUUACACCAGAGAAUGUUCUGUAUUGGAGAGCGCUUUGUGAAUAUCUGAAGUCAAAGGGGGAAGAAGGGGAAACGGCUUUGGAAAAUAUCUUGCCCGAGCCAGCUGUGUAUGCUGAAUAUUUGAAAAGACUAAAAGAGUAUUUUGGCACUUCCACUAAUGAAGAACCAGCAAAAGUCUUUAGGGGCAAAAGUACUUAUGACCCUAACAGCAACAAUUCCUCUAUCAAAACUUUCUCAAGAUUGCUAUGGCAGACAAGUGAGGAGAGCUGCAAGAAACAUACUCUGCACAGAUACAAUCUGAUGUUUAAAGAAAGAAAAGCACUUAGGGACCUACAGAAUGACACCAACAUUGUGUUAAGAGAGGUGGACAAAGGUGGAGCCGUGGUCAUACAGGACUACAGUGACUAUAAAAAAGAGCUGAUAAGACAAUUGGGUGACAAAGACACCUAUAACACUCUUAGGGGGGAUCCCACUAAGAAGUUCAAAAGCUUUGUGGAUGAGCUAAUCCAACAACUGUAUGAUCAGAACCUAAUUGAUAAAGCUGGAACGGCAAUGGGGUCAAACAUGGCCCCAUCAUAUGCCAAUUUAUUCAUGGCAGAAUUUGAGAACGGUGGUACUGAAUUAUUCCAUGACUCUAGAAUCCAACUAUUCAAGAGAUUUUUCAAGCAGAUUAGUGGAAUGGCCGUGGGAGCUACGUGUGCGCUCACCUAUGCCUGUUUACAUCUUGGCCUCUGGGAACUGCGAGAUGUCUUUCGCAGUAUGUCAGAAUGGGUGGACGCACAUGUGCUCCUAUGGUUACGCUAUGUGGAUGACAUCCUCAUCUUGUGGAAUGGCACUGUAGAGGAUCUGGAGACUUUUGUGGCAGAACUAAACAAAAAUCCUCAUAACAUUUUCCUGACUCACCAAGUGAGCAAAGAAUCAAUAACUUUUUUAGAUUUAAAAAUCAAAAAACAGAAUGGGGCAAUACAUACCGAGGUAUUUCGUAAAGAUACUGCCACAAAUAGUUUGCUCCAUCAUCACCCAAAUAAAUUAAAGGAUGGCAUCCCAGUGGGGCAGUUUCUACGUCUUAAACGAAACUGCUCCACUGAAGCCUCUUUUGAAAGACAAGCAGCAGAACUUGCUGGCCGGUUUAGGGUAAGUGGAAAUCAAGAGUGUUUUGAAGAAGCUUUUCUUCCCACUCUACAAACACUGUUCAAUGCACCAGCAUCUUCCCCAUUAGCUGAUAUUGAUGUUGCCAAUGUGGCUGAAUUGUUGGUGGAUCUUACAAGGCCAAGUGGAUUAAAUCAAAAGAACAAAAUAUCCCAAGAUAAUCAAGGUUGUACAUUGCAUGAUAGUUUGGCAACAAAAAUUUGCAAUGAAAUUUUAAAGGAUCCUACUGCUCCAGAUGUCCGCAUAUAUGCAAAAUCUUUAUGUUCCCUUGAACUCUCUAAAGAUAACUGGAAAGAUCUGCUGCCUCUCUUGGAUGUUAUUUUGGAGGAGGUGACAGACAAAAUUUGUGAGAGGGCAAUAGAAAAACUGAGGAUGCAAUUAAAGAGUUACAGUGGUGUUAAAGAAGCUCCAGAAAUUAAUCAAGAAAAUGAGAUUGUUACAAGUAACCAAGGAACUAUUGAUGAAGAAAAAAAAGAUGAAGUUGGGGAAUUUGAGGAACCAGCGAUAGAUACUGCUAAACAGAAGUCUGUUAAAGGCAAAUCUGCACGCAGGAAAGGAUCAACUGCAACUAGAAAAAAAUCUAGCAAAAAUGUAGAUGUUGAAAGUGGCAGUGACCAGCAAGAUAUUCCAGAAUCUGUUCCUGUUAAUACAAGACCAUCCAGGAGAGCCAAAAUUGCAGCCAUGGAGAAAACAAAAAUGAAUCUCACAAAUCUUAUCAAUCAAGAAGUAAACUGACCAUCUGGAUUUUCCAGGAUUUUUAAAGGAUAUCUUAUAAUGUACACGUCUGAUUCCUAAAAUUUACAUAUAUAUAUAUAUAUAUAUAUAUAUAUAUAUAUAUAUAUAUGUCCUGGCUUUUGAAUUUGUACACACAAUAAAUUAAUUUUGCAUGA